ACAUGUUGCUGGCGGGAAAAACAUGAAAACAAUCAGGAUUUGUCAAAGACAGAAUAAGCGUUAACGCAUCAUUAUAUGUACCUAACAAUGUCUAGUUAAGUGCCUAUGUUGCAUCUCUCUUCUUCUCCUCACCCCCUCUGUGUUUUAGUUAUAUUUCUGCGAGCAGUACGAUGGUUCAAAUAAUCAUAAAUUCAAGUGUGGAUGGGGCUGGUCCUGCUGAGUGGCUUCUGGUUGAACUCCAGGGGGAGAUGGUGUCCAGGCAGAACUCUGGACUGGCUGGGAACCUGAUGGGAGAUCUGCUCUACACCAAAGAGGGUGUGCCUGUGCUCAUCGUGGGACACCACAUCCUCUAUGGAAAGGUGGUCAAACUGGAGAAGCCCUUCGCUGUCCUGAUGAAACACUCUGGCCUCCCGCAGGGGGACGAGGUUCCCAUGGAAACCAACCAUCAGAACCCCACCACCUACUCUGUCGCCGCCCUCAUCAAGAAGAAGCUCAUCUUCAAGACUCGCCCAAAGCCCAUCAUCACUAAUGUGCCCAAGAAAGUGUAGUAAAGUACUUGGUCGUAUGCAUUAGGGCUCACUGUCGAAAAACCCUUUUUACUGAAAAAUAUGACAAGUUCAGAUUGUCCCUCUUUGUUUCAGUGUUCCGUUUUGUGCCUAAUGACCCUGGUCACCUCUGUGGGAGGAAAGUACAUGCCGUUCUCUUAAUGACAUCAAAUCCACAAGUAUGGAGCACACAGUGCAAGACUGUAUUCGGGACACACUCCUCUGGCUUGAGGUUAUCGACCACUGGAACUAGACUGUGUACAUAUUUGUUUAGAUAUGUAAGUGGUUAUGCUCCUCGAAUUUGCUGUAUGCGGUGGUGUAUUAGUAAAAUCAAGAUAUUUCAAUCA